GCAACGGGUGUAAAUUUGAACACUCGUGUACACUCUGUGGAACCAGAUUCCGGAUGUGACACAGUUCAACAAGCGCCCACAUAAUGUGUAUCCCUUCUGUUGCUUGUGAUAAAUGUUUGCAUUCGAUAGCAUUCCCUACUGGUGUGGCGCAUAUACGGGGAGAGCCUUUGCCUAUCAAUUUGUUUCAUAUCGCAGUUCAUUAAAUCAUUAUAUUUGAUUUAUAUCUUACCAUACUUAAUGAAACAUUUCAAUUUUGUUGAGCUAGUUGUAGUUUUUAUAUGGUUUUAAACUAAAUCCCCUUGUUAUGAGCAUCGCAACCGGCAUUUUUAAAUCUGACAGCACCGGAUGACGUUUUGCUUUGCUCCUUCCCAAAACAACAACACACAGUUCCACGAACGAUACGGCCCGGUUCGUUCCACUUCUAUAAAUGGUAAAUAAGAAACAUCCGCUACAUCACCCCGGACUGUUGUGUCACAAAAUCGAUCUUCCCCGUCUGUUCCCAGCCAAUCGUUCCCGGUUUCCGGCUUCCGGCAUGAGUGAUUCGCUCGAGGAAAAGUUCGGCGCCUGGGAGCUGUUCGAGCAGCUGUGGGAGAAAGAGACACAGCUUGAUUAUGAAUCCAUACUCCGGGACGCUCCCUACCACGAUCGGCUCAAGCUUUCGCGCGACACUAAAAACAGUGCGAAGGCGCAAAGUUUGCGCACCAAGGGCAAUCAGCUGCUGAAAGUGAAACGAUACGUAGCAGCACUUAAAUGCUACAACGAAAGUAUCGCCUUCUCCGAGAAAGGUUCGGAGGAAAGGGCCAUAGCGUACGCGAACCGGUCGUUCAUUUGCUACGAGCUGCAUCGGUACGAAGAAUGCUUGCAGAACGUACGGCUGGCGCGGGAAUCCAACUAUCCGGAGCACCUUGCGUCAAAGCUGGUCAAACGGGAGGAGGACGCGAAGAAAGCUUUACAGGAUGGGGCCAACAAGGGCUGCGAAAAAUCAACUAAUGGAGCAAGCAGCGACACCACUGAUGAUAGCAAACUAUGUGAUAGCGAGCUUAAGCUAAGUUACGACGCGUACGAAACAGUGCCGCAAGUGGCGCAAUGUUUGGAGCUGAGCGAAAGCGACCAAUUUGGCCGGUAUGUGGCCACCAACCGAAACUUGCAGGCCGGCGAUGUCGUAAUAAUAGAGCAACCGUUUAGCCGUCUGCUGCUUGACGUUUAUCGGCACGUACGGUGUGAUUUUUGUCACCGGGAGAGCAUUUUUACGCUGCUUCCGUGCGAGAGCUGUACCGUGGCCAUGUACUGUUCUGGCAGCUGCGCGAGCCAAGCCGCCCGACAGUACCACCGGUACGAGUGUCCAAUAAUACGCGAUAUGUGGCGCAUUUUCACCAAGCUGCCCGUAAUGUCCUUGCGCACUGUCACCACCGCGAUCAGCGCGUUCGAGUACGAUCUGCCGGCGAUGUGGGAGCAUCUGCAGGCGUUAGAUAAGGCGAAGGUAAAUGCUUUCACCAUGGACUGGACGAGUGCAAGCGCGAAAGACAUUUACGACACGGUGCACGUGCUGGAGACGAACGAGCGUACCCGCGAUCGCAAGGAUCGUAUGGUGCGGGUGUUUUACACUACCAUCAUUUAUCGACUGCUAGAGGAACGCUGCCCCGAGCUUGGCGAGCUGUGCGGGAUGAACGAUAACGUACGGGAGCUGCUGAAUGAGCUGAUACUGCGCCAUCUACAGACGGGGCCGGUUAAUAUGCAUUCGCUGCACUACAUGGAGUAUCAGCCGGAACAGCGGGUGUACGAGAUGGAGAACCACGUUUCCGCUUGCUUUCCGAUACUGAGCAUGCUGAACCACUCUUGCGCUUCCAACGUGACACGCAUCACGCUGCGCGACGGCCGGUGCGCAGUGUUAGUUACGCGUCCCAUUGCCAAAGGUGGACAGCUUUACGACAACUAUGGUAUGCAUCACUGCCUGAUGUCUCGCAAGGAACGGAAGACGGAACUGUUGAAGCAGUACCGGUUCAUUUGUGAAUGUGAGGCGUGCGUGAACAAUUAUCCGCUGUACUUCGAGCUUCCUGCUAUCGAUUCGUCCCGGUACGGUAUGAUAGAUACACAGUCGCUGCACGCCGAGCUGGUACUGCAUCAGAAGGAUAAGGCGGCCGAAUUGUUGCCGAAGCUGCGGCGCUACCUGAACGAUAUAGGAGAUCAGUAUCCGCGGAGCGAAACCUGCUCGUGUCAGGAACUGUUUUUGCGCGCGUUUCAAAUCCUUUACAUGCCGACGUCGGAAAGUGCCGAGUACUUUAAAUACUGUAACCCAUAGGUGGGGGAAAAUGGAACAAGCAAUUCUCAUGUACUGACUUCCCGUUUAGGGGAAUUUAAGAAAAUUUCGUAAUCGUUUAACGAUAGUUUUAUGACGGAUCUCCAAUGAAACGAGAAAAUUAAAAUUGUUGAACUAUAUUUCAAUUCUAAAAAUGAUACACUCGUAUAGGUGGAUUCUUAUAGUAUUUGAAGAAUACUGUUACACAUUUAAAAGCGAUAGUAUGCCUUAUAUUAGAAAACUAAACAAAUCUUUUUUUGUGAUGAACUGAACUCUAAAAGAAAUUCUCAUUAAAUAGUUCAUAAUUUUGUUUAAUUGUUAGUCGAAAAGCAUUUGCUUAGUUUGAUAAUAAAUGAAACAAACAGAGAAAAGCACCCUGCUUUUUGAAAUUGUCAAAAAAUA